AAAUGCUGCUUCCAUGAACUAGUAAGAGAUUAUAUAAAUGUUGCUAGAGUCUGGAGUUUCUCAAAUAAACAAUAACCUUAAACCGGAAGAUAGAAAGUUGUACAGUUUCCAGUUGCAUGGCUUGUGUUUACAAAGUAUCUUGGCAUUUUAUCUAGUAGUAACCAACAAAUCCAGUUUGAUUUGCGGACGAAGCAAUGGAAAUAAAACAUCUAAAGAAUAUUAUAAUUAUAGCUUUUGGAUUUCUACUGCUUUUUACAGCCUAUGGAGGAUUACAGACAUUACAGAGCAGUCUGAACCCUGAGAAAGGCCUUGGUGUUGCGUCACUGAGUGUUGUCUAUGGAUGUCUGAUUGUUUCUUCAGUUUUUCUCCCAACUAUCAUCAUUAAGAAAAUCGGUUGCAAAUGGACAAUUGUCACCUCAAUGUGCUGUUAUAUCACCUACUCCAUUGGGAAUUUCAAACCAAACUGGUACAGUUUGAUAAUUACCUCUGCAAUUCUGGGAUUUGGAGGGGGACCACUAUGGGCAGCAAAAUGCACCUAUCUGACUACCACUGGAAUUAGAUAUGCAAAGAGAAUGGGCAAAGAGAAAAUGGAUGUUGUGAAUCAAUACUUUGGAGUAUUCUUUUUAAUAUAUCAAUCAUCUGGGAUUUGGGGAAAUCUAAUAUCAUCUCUAGUUCUUGAACAAAAUCCCAAUAAAGUGAUAUCUGAAAACGCAAGUUACUCUCACUGUGGUCCAAAUAACUGUCCUGCGCUUUCUGCUGGAUCUAGCAACUCUACGACACCACCUUCUGGUGUAUCAGACACCCUCCGUUACACUUUGAUGGGCAUUUAUACUGGCUGUGGGGUUCUUGCUGUUCUACUCAUUGUAAUUUUGUUGGAUCAAGUUGAAUUAAAGGAAGAACAGAAAAAUGAAUUGGAAGCUAAACCAUCCAUCUGGAGAUCAUUACUAGGCACCAUACGUCAACUCAAGGAUAUACGGCAAUGCCUUCUUAUACCUUUGACAAUGUUCAGUGGUUUUCAGCAAGGAUUCUUAGCAAGUGACUACACCAAGGCUUAUGUUACUUGCACACUGGGUAUACAGUUUGUGGGAUUUGUCAUGAUUUGCUUUGGAGCAACUAACUCCAUUUGCUCUAUGCUUUCUGGAAAACUGUCUCAGUACACUGGACGGAUUGCACUCUUUAUGCUAGCUGCUGCUACAAGUGUUUCCUGUAUAAUCGCCCUAUUGCUUUGGAGUCCUAAUCCAAACCAGUUUGCAGUAUUCUUCAUAUUUCCUGCAUUGUGGAGCAUGUCAGAUGCUAUCUGUCAGACUCUUCUGAAUGCUUUUUAUGGUGUUUUAUUUGAUGACCAUAAAGAAGCCGCCUUUGCCAAUUAUCGCCUCUGGGAAUCUCUUGGAUUCGUCAUAGCAUUUGCAUACAGCAAUCUUUUGUGUAUCUCUGUAAAGCUGUAUGUAGUACUUACCAUGUUAUUGCUUGGAAUGAUUCUUUAUCUGGUGGUUGAGUACUUAGAAUACAGAAAAUCAUCUAAGAAUACUAACAACUCUAAUGAAGUAUCUAUGGGGGUAAUUCAGAGUUGAGUUACUUUCAGAGUUGAGUUGAGUUGAGAGUUAGAUUUGGGUGGGUUAUUUUGUUUCUGUGCAGGGUAAAUACUGGCUGCUUUAUUUUUACACUGCAAAUUAGAUUGCAGAUUGAACACACCACACCCAAAUCUAACUCUCUCUGCACAUGUUAAUCUGCCUCCCCUGCAGUGCACAUGGGGGGUCAUUCCGAGUUGUUCGCUUGUUAUUUUUUUCUCGCAACGGAGCGAUUAGUCGCUAAUGCGCAUGCGCAAUGUCCGCAGUGCGACUGCGCCAAGUAAAUUUGCUAUGCAGUUAGGUAUUUUACUCACGGCAUUACGAGGUUUUUUCUUCGUUCUGGUGAUCGUAAUGUGAUUGGCAGGAAGUGGGUGUUUCUGGGCGGAAACUGGCCGUUUUAUGGGUGUGUGCGAAAAAACUCUACCGUUUCUGGGAAAAACGCGGGAGUGGCUGGAGAAACGGAGGAGUGUCUGGGCGAACGCUGGAUGUGUUUGUGACGUCAAACCAGGAACGACAAGCACUGAACUGAUUGCAGAUGCCGAGUAAGUCUGGAGCUACUCAGAAACUGCUAAGAAAUGUCUAUUCGCAAUUCUGCUAAUCUCUCGUUCGCAAUUUUGAUAAGCUAAGAUUCACUCCCAGUAGGCGGCUGCUUAGCGUGUGCAAAGCUGCUAAAAGCAGCUUGCGAGCGAACAACUCGGAAUGACCCCCAUGGUUUUG